AUGCAUGAGCCCAUAGUUAGAUUGUGGACGCCGUACUACCCGGUUCACGAGGCCGAAUUCGAGGGUUUUCUUGGGGGACCUUACCCGGAGCCGUUGGCUAAAGAAACUGGCCCACAAGGCACUGGGGUGGAGUACGAAGUCCACGAUCCUCUGGGAGCCAGUAACUGGCUGGCCGGUUCAUACGCCUUUCAGAUGUGGCCAACUAUCCAGGAUACCCAGAUUGCCCUUGAGCCGCGCACUCGUCGGUGA